AUGGCGACACUUUCUGGUGACAUCCAGACGUACCUCCCUCUCUUUACAUAUCCACGACAAGAGGAUAUCGUCAGUCUAUGCCAAGCCCUCGAAGUCAUACAGAAACGCAUCUGGGCAGACCCAGGAGUUACUAGAGACGAUGAAAUCCGCAAUCUGAGGAUCUCCGGCCAGCUUCUCAGCAGUCGCCCGCUACAUAUCCUCUACGAGCCUCCUCCGCCAGUUGCUUGCGAGGUCUUUGCGCCGUCACCCGAGGGCAGAACCAUCAUUACCGCCCUGUAUACAUUCAAGACCCUGCACUUCAUCACAACCCGAAAGCACGGGGCUCUCUGGCCCUUCAACGACUCUAUCUGGCCGACCGUUCUUCGCUGGAUCGACUUCUUCCUCCCCACGUUCGACUCCCACGCGCCCGACGUCGUGCUGCAGAUAGAGGAUCGCGAAACCGCAUCCCUCCUUGUCUCCGUCGUCUUAGGUAUCCUCGGCUGCGUGUCUGGACUGCCGAAGUCCAAGGCGCGGGCACUCCUUCUCCAGGACGACGGCAGCCCGCUGCGCACGCUUGCCGCCCUCUGGGCGUACUGGCCCAAGUUCGUCGAACGCGUCGGCCUCGGCGCGUCGUAUGUCGCCAAGUGCUCGUCCGUCUUCUCGAUCAUCUGGCACAUCUUCGACCGCGACGUCGCCGAGGACGCCAUCGGCGCCCAAGUUCUGCGCAUGGCAGGUGGCAGCCCGAAGCAGGUCUUCCGCAUCAGCGCCGCGCAUAUCCGCUUAACGUCCGCGAUGCGCGCCGCCGGGAACAUCGCGAAUGACAUGGGUCGACAGGUCGAGAUCGUGACGCUUCUCAUGCAGAAGUUCGAGCUAAGCGCACAGACGAUCCCAGGGUCAUUUGUCGCGACGGUGGCGGACGCUCUCAACACUCUCCUCAUCUCGGAGCCAGAUGCGCGCGACGUCUGGCACUUAUAUUUGAUGCUUCUUUACGAACUGUGCCGUCGAACGGACCACGGUUCGAAGCUAGCACUCAAGCACGGCGUCUUCCCUAUCCUCGUCCGUAUCCGCCUGAUUUGCUCCCAUUGCUCUUCCGGCGCGCCACCCUAUGGUACCGAGGCAGAUUCGGUAUACGGCACGACUGGAGCUAUCCUACUGCUCAUGGGCGACGUCCUCUACUUCCGACGUGCCGUCAUAGGAUUCAGCAAGUCCUGCGAGACUUUCAAGAGUCGCAUGCCGCCUUUAUCUCUCAGGGUAGAUGAGAAGCGCUUCCUUGCCAUCGCUAAGCGCCGCUUCGGUCUACUGGAGCGUGCUGUGAAGGAAUGGCCUAUUGUCGCCGUGUGCUGCAACCCUCAGUGCGCUACUGCGAAAGGGGCGCCCGUUCGAUCGUGCCCGUGCGGCGACGUGCUUUACUGCUCGAAGAGUUGCCAGCGCGUACACUGGGAUAGCGGGCUACACCGACAACAGUGCGAGAAGUACCUGAUCCCUGCUCCCGAUGGUGGGCUCGGUACUAUGCACGCGAAGGACGUUCACUUCCUAGUGAUCAUCGUGCGCGCCUAUGUCGAGGAGAACUACGCCACGAUCAUAGCCGGCGUCUCGGGAAACCUGGCAUCGUACGAGUAUAUCAUGGUCACCCUGACCCUCUACAAAAAUCGGGAAGAGUGCGCUGGUAUAGAGGUAGGACCCGCUGGUCCGCCGGGCGAUGCUUGCCGAUACCCAAACAUCAUCGUGCAGGCGCAGUACUAUCAGGGCGACGCCAUACGCACGCGGACCGUUGCGCUGGUCCCUACGAGUGCUUUGGGGCGCUAUAAGCGCUCAGACUUCAAGCAGCUCACGCACACGUUCUAUGACCAUCUCUUGUUGCUCACCAUCAUCCUCGCUUCGCCGUUCGGCCUCGACCAUGGCAACGAUACCGGAUUUCCCCCUUCUCCACUCUUCAAAGGCCAGACCGUCGACGAAUUCGCAGAGCCGACCCCCGAGAACUCUUCACGUAUCAAGACCGUCAUGCGACUUCUAAAGUCGCAGACCCUCCACGUCGUGCUGAUCUCUCCGCCCGACAUUCCUUUCGAAUAUUACUGCAAGACGACAUCUGGAGGUGCGGUCCUCAUGGCGCUUAUGGCAGUCAAGCUUCCUCGCCGGCGACAACGACGCGCUGCACACACUCGUCAUUCUAUGGAGAUCGGAGCGAUGUUGUGGUGCCCUGGCAUCUUCCGCGCGGUGUGGAGCAUCUUCGACAACCAGGUCGCGGAGGACGUCAUGGGCACGCAGGUCUUGCGCGCGUCAGGCGGAAGCGCGAAGGGCGUGUUCCGCACUUGCGCCGCGAUGCUGCGCGCACUAUCGUCGACGGGAUCUAUCGCCCGCGAGGGCAACGAGCUCGGCCAGCAAGCGACGUUCGUCUUGAGUCUGAUCUGUCACUACAACUUCACCCCGCAGACGAUUCCCAGUUCCUUCAUCUCCUCUGCGACCACGAUACUCUCCGACAGCCUUAUUGCCGCGCCCGACAAUCACGACGUCUGGUGCCUCCUCUUCCUGCUGCUGUUCCAAGUCUGCUCUCGCUCCGACCAUGCGACGAUGCUCGGCAUCAAAUACGGAAUGUACCCCAUCCUUAUCCGCAUACGCGAACUCUGCUCGCAUUGCUCCUCUGGACCGCCUCCACCGCCCACCGACCAGGCGUAUACGGGCGGUAUGACCGGCACGCUGAUGUCGUUCAUCCGUGGCUCAUUCUGGUCACGGCGAGCUGUUGCGGACUUUCGCGAGGCUAGCGACAAGUACGCGGCGCGCAUGCCCGGCAUCCCUUUACGAGAAGACGAGGAGCUGGUCCGCGCUACCGCCAGGGACCGCUAUACCCUGCUCCUCCAGGCCGAGGAACAAUGGCCGAGCAUCGCGAAGUGCUGCAACUACAAGUGUCUCAGCUCCGAAGCCGCCUCUCUACGCGCUUGCCCGUGCGGCGAGAACCUCUAUUGCUCGAAGGGAUGCCAGCGCGCGCAUUGGAAGAGUAAGGUGCACCGCUAUGACUGCGAGAAACAUUUCGAGGGCUUACGCGAAAGCACCGCGCGCGUCGUGAAGGCAAAGGACAUCUAUUUCCUGGUCGUAAUCGCGCGCGCCUAUGUCGAAGAAAACUAUCGCCGGAUCCUCGCCGGGUUGAACCGCAGCUGCUCAAGUCAUAUCUCAUCCGUCUUCAUCGACCUUCCCUUGUUCUGCGACCCCGUGAACCCUGAAGACUUCAAGGUCACCAGAUAUGAGAACUCGUGCCAACCCGACCUCUGCCCGUACCCCACCAUCGUCGCCCAGGUUCUAUACGAACAGACAGACGGCAUGCACACGUGCAUGGUGUGUCUCGUACCUAGAGGUGCUCCCUGGCGCUACUGGAACGAUGAGUUCAUGCCGAUUACAUACACUUUUUACGACCCGCCGGCCGACUGGACCGACCUCGACUGA